CGCAUUCGCUCCGGGGCGGCUUCGAGCGAUGGGUGGCACAUAGAAGCAUCAAGAAUCGUUUAAUCGUUUAGAAGAAUAAACGUUAUAAUGUGUUGUCUAAGGUUACGGUUGGCCGGAUAACUAAGUGUGAUAAUUUAGUGAAGUUUAUUUUGGCUGUCUCUCCCCAUGUAGCGUCGAUUUGCAGUAUGAAGAAAGAUCGUUUGAAUAAGAACCGAAAGAAGAGGGAAAAAAUUCACCCACUCACCCACUUGAAAACGUGCUGAUGUAAUGGAUUUUCCCGCAGUGCCAGUGUCUUGUGCUUAAUGUCUUAGCCACCGGAACGCCCGCCGGAUAAAAAAGUGUGAGUGUGUGUAUGGGGUCGCUGUGCAAAGUGUGUUUCUUUUGCGAGUGUGUAACUUUCUUCGAGACGGCGUCAGAGGGGUUUUGCAUGUGUGCUUGUGUGCGUGUGCAAAGUUUGCUGUGAACAGCGUUUUUAGUAGUUCGUUGAAUUUUAAUCAAAAGCACAAUCAACACCUAUUAAGUUUGUUUGUUUUCCGGCACUCCGGGGGUUUUCGGUUGGUUGAUGCGAUUUUGUGACAGUGACAGCGAUAAGAGCUUACAGCUGGGUGGUGAUCUGCAGGGCAGGAAAGCAAUGGUGGAUGUGAACAUAUUCGAAACUUUCUGCCGGUAGGAACAAAGUGUGGGGAUUUUUUUAUUAUAACAGUUAGGCAAAAGAAAUCGAUCCGAAAUUCUAAGCUGCUGUAAAAUCGGACCAACACCAGGACAUAGUUCCCACUGGGAUGAAUGCAGACAGAAUGCAAUCGAACCAGUUUCUGAUCAAUCGUUUAUGGUUGGUUGCUGUGGUGUAUUGAACUUGGCCUACUGAGCUGGCUGAUGCAGGAUGUGUUCCAGAUUUUGCCGAAUGAUCGAUAGAUCAGUCGUUGUACUGGUGACGUGUGAUUAAACCAACCGGGUCAACAUGAGAGCGUGUCGAAGGAUCCGAGACUCCAAUUCGAUUACUUGUUUCCGUUAGGGACCAUCAGCCAUUUUCUCGAGGCUUUACAGGUCCCACGUGUAACGCUGGUCCGGUGCAGUCCUUCACACUCACCAAAAAUCGUCUACUGAGAUUAAUUAAGGAUAACGCGCACGGCACAGACGAAACGGCGACUCACUCGCCCGCUUUCCCGGGCGGGUUCCGAUCGCAACCAUGGCCGUUGCGCACACGACGGCCGUCGGUUUAGUGGGAGCAAAUUUAUUCAUCACCAUCAAUCGCAUCAUCCUCGGAUCGUUCAGCAACAUAGCGAUCGGCAUCGGGACCUGCUACUUCCUUGCCCCGACCGGCCCGGUACACGGUGCCAUCCGGCUCACACAGCGCAACAACCAUGCGAACAUAUCGGAGCUGCUGGACAACUUGCUGCGGGGCUACGACAACAGCAUACGACCGGACUUUGGAGGACCGCCGGCAAUCAUCGAGGUCGAUAUUAUGGUGCGCAGCAUGGGGCCAAUCUCCGAGGUGGAUAUGACGUACUCGAUGGAUUGCUACUUCCGGCAGUCGUGGGUCGAUCGGCGGUUAGCAUUCAGCGGUGCCCAGGACACGUUAGCACUCAGCAUUUCCAUGCUCGGGCGCAUCUGGAAGCCGGAUACGUACUUCUACAAUGGCAAGCAAAGCUAUCUGCAUACCAUCACGACGCCGAACAAGUUCGUGCGCCUCUACCAGGACGGGCGCGUGCUCUACUCGAGUCGACUCACCAUUAAGGCCGGCUGCCCGAUGAACCUGGAGGACUUCCCGAUGGAUACACAGCGCUGUCCGCUGAAGUUUGGCUCGUUCGGCUACACCACGAACGAUGUCCUGUAUCGGUGGAACAGUGGCCGGACGGCCGUUUCCAUCGCUGACGACAUGAAGCUGUCCCAGUUCGAUCUGGUCGAAUGGCCGGCCGGAAACGUGACGGACCGGGUGGUGCACAACACGCCCAGCGCCGGUGCGACCGUCCUGAACGGGAUGAACAACGCCGAUCUGGAGCUGGGCCUAGGGCUUGAUGGAGGCGUCGGCCGUACGACGACCGGUGGCGAAGGCAACGGCAAGCUGUACAUGUCGGAAUAUUCGAUGCUGCUGGUGAGCUUCCAUCUUCAGCGGCAUAUGGGCAACUUCCUGAUACAAGUGUACGGUCCGUGCGUGCUGCUGGUCGUCCUGUCCUGGGUUUCCUUUUGGUUGAACCGCGAAGCGACAGCCGAUCGAGUUUCGCUUGGCAUCACCACCGUACUGACGAUGACGUUCCUGGGUCUGGAGGCACGCACGGACCUGCCGAAGGUGCCCUACCCGACCGCGCUCGACUUUUUCGUGUUCCUUUCGUUUGCGUUCAUUUUCGCAACGAUCAUCCAGUUCGCGAUCGUACACUACUUCACCAAGUACGGUUCGGGCGAGUGUUACUUCAGCGUGGACGAGCUGACGUCCAGCUCGGACGAGGACGAUAGCGAUCGGGAGGUGACCGAUCGCAACGGACCUGGUUCCUCCUCUGCCAGUCAGCAUCACUCCAUCAACAUCGGCCCAUCCACGUCCAGCCGGUGUGUUGGCAAGCGUUGCUCGGCCAUCACCUCCAUCAGCGGUGCUCAGGGUAGUGCUUCGACCGAUUCGCGUAUCAUCGAGGUCAUACCGCUGUCCGUGUGUUCCUUCCCGCUGACACCGAUGCGCAAAACGCCCAAAUCAUCCUGGACGGAUGUUUCGUGCUUCGGGGGCGGUCCGUGUGGUAUCGAGGACCCCGCGAGCGAUCCACACGCUGGCAGUGGUUCCUCCACGGUGGACCGGGUGGGUGCGUACGGAGCUUCCAUCGAUACUGCCACUACCUCGUCCUCGUUUACGUCCACACCGACCACGGCCACGACGUCCCUGGGUGGCAAAGCGCGUCGCCGAUCCGGUACGUCCGCACACCGAACCGGGACGACCCCGCAUCUUACCAUCAAUGCACCGUUGACGGCGUCGGAAGUACUCGGUGCCAAUGGGCAUCGAACGCGACGGCGCAGGAAACGAGCGCCCCGCUUCAACUCGGUCUCCAAGAUCGAUCGUGCCUCGCGCAUCUUCUUCCCACUGCUGUUCCUGGCCAUCAAUGUGUUCUACUGGUAUCUGUAUCUGUCGCGCAGUGAGCGAUUACCACAGCAGCACCACAAGGCCGGUUAGAGAAUUUGUAAAAACCAACCAAGGCUGCCGAUAAGAGCAAAAGCACGUAAGAAAAAAAGUUGACGAAGCCAAAAACUAACCCAAAUAAGGUAAUGUAGUGUCUGUUUGAUCUGUGCCCUCCAACGAACGGCCACUCAAAACGUUGUAAAACAAGUCAGUAGUAACAGUAGCAAGGAAGCGAACAAACAAAUUGAGCAACAGUUUGCUAGAGCUAAGCGCGACAUAGCGUUUCUAACAUUAGGUAAGGCGACUCAACCGUUACGUAGGUGUAGUGAAUGUAACAAUUGCUAACCAAUUGCAUGUGCCAAUGUGAACAGAACAUGUUGAGGAAGUAAAUGGAAGAACUAGCAGCUACUAUAUUCAAUUGUCAGUCAAAAAUUCGCGUUGGGACCAGAUGCGCUUACUAGAAAGAAUUGAUUAGCGAAUGGGGGGGGAUGGGUAUAAGGGGAACUUGAACGAAGGGUAUAUUUUGUCAUGCCCUGCGCUUUGCGGGAUCCCGGAUGUAGAACGUGCGAAUAGGGGGGAGUUUUCUGGUCAAUUUAUCUGGCAAUCGCUCCACGAUUGGAAGGGUUGGCGGACGGGGUGCGCCGCAGUACCCAGUUGAUAGCAAAGCAAAAGCGUUACCACUAGCAGAGAUUUAAGGCAAAUUCUUAACAGAUUGCCCAAUAGUAAACGAUGUUGGAUGUGUGUCGGCAGUAGUGAAAUAAAACCAAUAGUGUUCA